CACGUCACAUCUACAAAUGUCAGAGAAAACAAAACAACAUGAGACUGCACUCUACAACACUAUACUUUUCCUCAAAACGAAGACGAACUAAAUUAUUACGUUAAAUUACCUACUCUAUCUAGGAAGUUUGCUAGGAAGCCUUUAACGCUAGGAUAUAUAAUCAAAGGUUCUGUUGUAGAUACUGGGUACUAGAUGAAGUUUUCUCAUCAAUUAUGAAACAUUAGCUGAAAGUAUUUUUUUUUUAAUUAAAAUAAAAUCAGUACAAAAAUAUAUAAGUACUUAGCUCUUUUAGCGUACAUAGUGACCUGCGAGUUACCUUGUCGGCAAAUUGAUCUAGUGUUAUCUUCUUAAUCAGUGUCGCCGUUACCGUUACGAUACCGGCGCGAUAAGGAAGGGGCGUCGUGCCGCGCGGCACGCCUAGAUAUCAGAGAGCGGCCUGACCAGUAAGCCGCCAGCGCAGACUCGCCCGGUCGCGCCACAGCUGCGCGCACGUCAACAGGUCAACGUACUGCUAUCUCUAGGCCUUCCUGCGAUGCCUCGGUGUCUUGCCACCAGUGGUGGUCUGCUAUUUAGCCAAGACACCAUUUCGGGGGGUUUCCGAUCAGGCUUCGGAGAUGUUGUUACCAAGCGCCGGCGCCGACGGUAGCCGCCGCGCUACUGACGGCGCUCGCCGCCGUGCUCGACACUGUGCACGACACUGUGGCGCCCUCCAGCGGACACGCCAGUUGUAGUGUGGAGCGUGAGGACGUGAGGGCGACAUGGGGUUCGAGUGCGCGGUGCACGGCGUGCGCGUGGCCGUGGUGAGCGAGGUGAACAGCGCGCACUACGACGCGCUGGUGCUGGUGACGGCGCCGGGCGUGGCGCCGCCGCAGGCGCUCGAGGACUUCGUGGCGGACGCGCGCCUGCUGGACGCGCAGCUGGACAGCGUGCCGGCCGUGCUGCGCUGUCCGCGCGUGUCGGGCCACCGCCUCGUGCUGUCGCCCACGGGCCCGCUGACAGCGUACGACGACGUGCGCGCCGUGGGCGAGGCGGCCCGCGCCGGCGUGCAGCGCGCCGCGGCGGCCGGCGCCACGCGCCCCGUGCUGGUGCUGCAGCCGCACCCCUCCUGGCCCGACGCCGACCUCGUCGCGCUGCUGGCCGCGCUCGAAGUGCUCUACGUGCCGCUGCAGAUCCGCGAGUCGUUCCCGGCGCAGGCGCACAAGCUGGCGGAGCUGGGCGUGUACGGCGAGGGGCUGCGCGGCGCGCUGGACGUGGUGGUGCGCGAGGCGGCGGCGCUGGAGGCGGCGCGCGGCGUGGCGCGGGACAUCGGCGGCGCCGACCCCGAGCGCAUGACGCCGCUGCGCGUGGCCGCCUACCUGCGCGAGACGUUCGCGGGCUCCAGCGUGGCGGUGCGCGUGGUGGAGGACCGCGCGGUGCUGGCGCGCGAGUACCCGCUGCUGGCGGCCGUGGACCGCGCCGCCGCCAGCGUGCCGCGCCACCGCGGCUGCGUCGUGCACCUCGAGUACGUGCCGCAGGCCUACGAGCGCACCGUCAUGCUCGUCGGCAAGGGCGUCACGUACGACACGGGCGGGUGUGACAUCAAGGCGGGCGGCGUGAUGGCCGGCAUGUCGCGCGACAAGUGCGGCGCCGCCGCCGUCGCCGGCUUCCUCAAGGCGUGCGACGAGCUGCGGCCGGCGCUGAAGGUGGUGGCGGCGCUGGGCAUGGUGCGCAACUCCGUGGGCGAGGAGGCGUACGUGGCGGACGAGCUGCUGCGCUGCCGGCGCGGGCUGGCCGUGCGCGUGGGCAACACGGACGCCGAGGGCCGCAUGGUGAUGGGCGACCUGCUGGCCGAGAUGUGCGAGCGCGCGGCGGCCGAGCGCCGGCCGCAGCUGUACACCGUGGCCACGCUGACGGGGCACGCGGUGCGGGCCUACGGGCUCGGCUACACGGCGCUGCUGGACAACCACGCGGCGCGCGCGCUGGGCCACGCCGCCGCGUUCCGCGCGGCCGCCGAGCGCCUGGGCGACAUGGUGGAGGUGUCGACGCUGCGGCGCGAGGACCUGCGCGCGCACCGCGGCCGCGCGCCCGGCGACCACGUGCACCAGGCCGACAACGCGGCGUCGUCCGCCCUGCCGCGCGGCCACCAGGCGCCCGCCGCCUUCCUGCUGCUGGUGUCGGGGCUGCACGAGGCCGACGUGCCCUACGCGCACCUGGACGUGGCGGCCAGCGCCGGCGACCUGCCGCACCCGCCCACCGCCGCGCCGCUGCUGGGGCUGGCCGCCUACCACGGCCUGCUCUCCAAGCGCUAGUCCCACUCAUGCAUAAUACUAUACAUAAUAAUCAAUUUAUUUUUGGAUUUUUUUAUUUUUUCUAUUAAUGCAUAAUAAUAUAUCAUGUAACAAUAAAUCUAAAAUGUUGUUAUUGUAUUAAUAAAGUUGUAAUUUCA